AUUUUCUCAGUUCUACUUCGUUACAGCUUUCCACCCAUCAGUAGGAUGUCGACAAGCGAAGUUCGUGUUUCCGCUCCAGUCAAUAUUGCUAUAACAAAAUAUUGUAAUGCAUGCCAUAAAUAACCGAGUCUCAACUAUUGAAGGGGGGAAAUUAGAUGAACUCAAUAUACACCCAGUCAACAGCUCUAUAAGCAUGACCCUCAAUCAAGACCAGUUAAUGACCACUACUCGCUUGGUAACAGGUCCAGAUCUGACAAACUCAAGCUUCUCACUGAAUGGAAGGAUGUAUGAAGAUGUGCCGGGAAGAAUAAAGGAUGUAAUUAUCAUAGGUGUGGAUGUAUUCCCACUUCAUUCGCGUGUAUCCAUUUGGAUAGCCUUCGGAUUAACUAAACUGUACAGGUUAGACGAGGAUCCUCCGUCGUUGGCCCGCCGUGGAUCUGGUUCUGCUUGUCGUAGCUUGUAUGGUGGAUUUGUGCAUUGGAUUAGAUCUAAUGAUACUCUUUGUUCGACUGGUGGAUCCCAAACCCACUGUUCUACUGUGCACGAACUCUAUCCCGCCUCAUAUUGGCCUGAAUUGAAGGUUUUGAUUUGUGUUGCAAGCAGUCACAAGAAGUCGAUUGGAUCGACAACUGGGAUGCAACGCACAGUCAAUACCAGCCAACUUUUUCAACGAGCUCGAUGUGAAAGCGUCAAGCAGCAUGAACUGUUGCUGUUGUCUGCCUUACGUGACCGUGAUUUUGAAAACUUCGCUCGAAUUGCAAUGCAAGAAAGCAAUCAAUUGCAUGCUGUUUGUUUAGACACUUGGCCACCUUGCAUCUUUCUAACAGAUGUCAGUCUAAAACUCAUGAAUUGGGUUCAUUUGCUAAAUCGGUUUUGUGGAAAGACAGUGGCGUCCACUGGCGGAAUUUGUCUUUAUCCAUAUACUUGCGAAACUAUCAGUAACAAUAACACACGAACGGCUGGCGACUGCCUCAUUCAUUCCGACUGCGCUCUCACCUACCGGAAUGUCACUCGAUCCCUUCAGCGCACGCGUGUUCAGCACAUCAGUGUUAUGGUUUACACGUUCCAUUCUUACGCUCGGUUCGUUAUUUCCGGUCUUUCAGCUAACCUAUUUCUUUUGUCUGUCUAUUCCAAUAAGGUCGCCUACACGUUUGACGCUGGCCCGAAUGCGUUUCUGUUCGCCGAAGAAUCGAACGUCUCGUUUUUAUUGCACUUGUUAGCUCUCUGCUUUGGGACGAAGUCGUGUGAGACGACACUUGACGUUCCUUCUAGUGAUCAUGUAUACGUCACAGACCCGGUUGACACAAUGGCCAAGAGUCUUUUGUUCCGUGGAAUAAAAUACCCAGUCUAUUCAAGACCAAUUGAUACGAAGUCGCUAGAGAACUCAUGUCGCAUAUCAAAUAGGUGUUUUGUACUGAUGUUUGAAGAAACGACCGGAGUGGAAUUAACCACCAAAGCCGUAGAGAGUGCGACCUUGGCAUUUCAAUGCGUUUGCAAUGUCCAUGGCAUUGACGGUCUUUCGCUUGGCGUGCUCGGUGUAGGUGACGACGUCACGGAUAACGUCCUCAAGGAACACCUUGAGGACACCGCGGGUCUCCUCGUAGAUCGGACCAGUGGUGCGCUUCACACCACCUCGGCGAGCGAGACGGCGGAUGGCCGGCUUGGUGAUCUCCUAGAUGUUAUCGCGGAGAACCUUGCGAUGACGUUUAGCUCCUCUUUUCCGAGUCCUUUACCAUCCAUACCACGUCCAGACAUGAUGUUACAGGCAAGAUCGCAACAGAACAGAUCGAGAGAUCCAAGCUAG